AUUAUAUUUAAAAGUGUAUUUGGUGAUAUAUAUUUGUUUGAUAAUAAAGUGUAUAAUGUCUGAUUCAGUAGCAGCAACAUCAGCAUCUCCUGUGGCUGGCCCAACAGCACCAGCAACGGCAUCAGUUGAUAAGAAGGUGGCUGCCAAAAAAACAUCGGCAGCGUCGUCAACAAAGGCCAAAAAAUCAACUGCUCCACCAUCGCAUCCACCAACUCAACAAAUGGUAGACGCUUCGAUUAAAAACUUAAAGGAACGUGGUGGCUCCUCACUACUGGCAAUCAAAAAAUAUAUUAGUGCCACAUACAAGUGCGAUGCCCAGAAACUUGCACCAUUUAUCAAGAGGUACUUAAAGUCAGCUGUCGGAAAUGGUAAACUGAUCCAAACAAAAGGAAAGGGUGCCUCUGGUUCAUUUAAACUGUCUGCUGCCGCUAAAAAGGAACCGAAGCCAAAGGUUGCCUCUGUAGAAAAGAAAAGCAAACCGAAAAAGGUAACUCAAUCAGCAGCAGCUAAAAAGAAAGCAAUCGGUAGCAAAAAAAUAACUGGUGCUGGCUCUGUUGAUAAGAAACCAAAGGCCAAAAAGGCAGUCGCAACCAAAAAGACAGCCGAGAAAAAGAAAAGUGAAAAGGUAAAGGUAAAGGAUGCUAAGAAAACAGGAACUGUAAAAUCCAAACCUGUCGCAUCGAAAUCUAAGUCGAGUUCAACUAAGCCAAAAGCUAAAACAGUUGCCGUAUCAUCGGCUAAACCAAAAAAGGCAACCAAAAAGGCAGCUGCUGCUGCUACCGUCAAGAAGCCAAAAGCCAAGACAACUGCUAGCAAGAAGUAAAUAAUUAAUACUUUAUUGCAAUCGUAAUAUUGAAAAAAUUUUAGAUAUCGAAUACGAAAAUCUAAAAUUUUAUUUAAACACAGCCCUUCUCAGGGCUACAA